UUUCACCUCUGCUGAACAGCUCAACAAACUGACAGCCAACCACAUACAUAAGGAAACAUGGUGAAGCGUGUUGCAGUUAUUCUCUCAGGCUGUGGAGUCUAUGACGGAACAGAGAUCCAUGAAGCUUCUGCUGUCCUCGUUCACCUGAGUCGAGCUGCAGCGAAAGUGCAGAUGUUUGCUCCAAAUGCAGAUCAGAUGCAUGUUGUAAAUCACUGUGAGGGGAAACCUACAGAGGAGAAGAGAAACAUCCUGCAGGAAAGUGCUCGCAUUGCCAGGGGGGACGUGACUGAUCUGGCCAAGUUGGAUGUUUCAGCUUUUGACGCAGCCAUCAUCCCAGGGGGCUUUGGCGUAGCUAAAAACCUGAGCGACUGGGCUGUGAAGAAUAAAGACUGCACUAUCCAGCCCCAACUGGAGAAGCUCAUCAAGGCUUUCCACAAAGCCAGGAAGCCGCUGGGCAUGUGCUGCAUCUCUCCCAUUCUCGCUGCCAAAAUCCUGCCUGGCUGUGAGCUCACAGUGGGGCAAGACAAAGAGUGUGAAAAGUGGCCGCACGCUCAGACAGCAGGCGCUGUGAAGGAGAUGGGCUGUAAGCAUGUCAACACAGAUGUGGAUAAGGCACACGUUGAUAUCAAAAAUAAGCUGGUCACAACAUGUGCAUUCAUGUGCAACGCUGCCUUUCAUGAAGUUUUUGAUGGAAUAGGUGUAAUGGUUAAAGAAACCCUGAAACUGGCUUAAAAGUAUCUAUUUACAUGUUCUCAUGUUUGUAUUUAUUUCCUGUACAAGCAUGAUGUCAAGUUAUAGAACUCACCACAGAGAAGUUGUCUAAUGUUAGCCCAUAGAUGUGUUGUUUUGACAUUCUCAAUAAAUUUACACUAAAAAAGUCAA